AUGCCGCGACCAAAGCGCAGCGUUCUCGCCACCAUCGACAGCACCAUUACGCCGCCCGAUGAGCUCCCGCCCAACCACUUCCUCGCGCGCAUCACAAAGGCCGAAGGAAAGAACCUCUACUCUGCCGAGCUCCGCGACGGAAAGGCUGUCCUCGCCGAGCUCGAGGCCAAAUUCCGCUCCACGGUGUGGAUCAAAAGGGGCAGCUAUGUUGUCAUAGAUACGUCUGCCCUGGCCGACCGCGACAACAAGCUGGACGGGGAGAUUGUAAACGUGGUGAGGGACGAGAAGGCGUGGAGGAAGAUGAGCUACUGGCCAAAGGAAUUCGCCAAGAAAUCCACAUACGCCGAGGAUAGCGACGAGGAAGAGUCCGUCGUCGGCAAGAUGCCGCCCUCAGACUCGGACGAGGAGUGA